UUACCUAUUACUUAUUCUGUGCUAUUAAUUAUAAUUUAUAACACGGAACUACUGUGGUUUAAGAAGCUGAUUCACGUAAUACUGUUAAACUUUUUUCUUAAUUCUAAUUAGUUCUUCGACUGUUCGUAAAAUAAUACAUACUAUAGUACAAUAACACUUUAUGUUUUAUAAACUACAUUAAAAAAUGGUUUGAAAGAAGUUUUUUUUUAUCCGUACAAAUCGAUUGUAUUUUUAAAAAAUGAUGCCACUCAAUGAUUUCAAGAAUCCUGAACUUGUUCCGAUCUCCAAUGUCAUUGGUUUGGCAUCUCAACGGCCCCUUAGUACAUUUCCUGAAAUGUGGUAUCAAACUUUUUUAUGGGCGUUAUUCUCAUCUGCUAUUGUUCAUACUGUAGCUGCAAUAAUUGCUUUUGCUACACUCCAUAAACAUAAUUUCGGAAAGUUUUUUCCUUUGUUCAUUUUAUUGGUUGGAAUAUUUGCUCCACUUAGUUCGGGUAUAGUUAGCAGUGCUACCAUAGCGUUUGUCUAUCGAGCAUCUAGUAUUCAAAUGCAACCUUUGUAUGCAAUGUUUUGGGGAGUUGGACAGACAUUACUCUCAGCAGCUGUAGGUUUUACAAGAAUAUUAGCUACAUUAUAGAACAUUUGAAAUAUAAUUUGUACAUAAUGUACAUAUUUUGUGUAUAAUAAAAAAUUUAUUAUAGUGUGGUAUUUAAUAAUAAAUACCUAAGCAUUGUGAUAUAAGAUAAUUUAUAUAUUUAUUUUUUAAUUAAUAAAAUUGAAUGUGUAUAUGCA